CCCUCCCCGCCGCGCCUCGUUUGCGGCGGCUGUGGCAGUGGUGGCGGCGGUGGCGGCUUCUGGAACCGGCGCGAGUCCAGCCCCCGCGGCGGGACCCGGGUCUUGACGCGCCCUGCCUGGGCCAAAGCGCGCGGAGGAUGGAAACGUGCGCUCAGCCAUGUCUCUGGGCCGCCUCCUUCGCAGGGCCUCCUCCAGGGCCUCGGAUCUCCUGACCCUCACCACGGGGGGCAGUGGCGGGUCCCCCUCCGUCCUGGAUGGAGAGAUCAUCUACUCCAAGAACAAUGUCUGUGUGCAUGCACCCGAGGGGCUGCAGGGCCCUGGGGAGCACCACCCAGGGUACCUGUGCCUCUACAUGGAGAAGGAUGAGCUGCUGGGAGCUACCCUCAUCUUGGCCUGGGUCCCCAACUCUCGCAUCCAGAAGCAAGAUGAGGAGGCCCUACGCUACAUCACUCCCGAGAGCUCCCCUGUGCGCAAGGCACCGCGCCCUCGGCGGCGGCGCACCACGAGCCUGGGAGCCCCCUACCAGCCCUCCCCCACAGAGCCAAGGCCUCCGCUGACCCCCAAGGAUGAGGACAUCCUGGUGGUGGUCCAGAACACCCAGGGAACUGUGCAUGUCAGCCCUACAUCUGAAGAUGGGGAAAAGCUGGUGCAGGGCCCGGAGGUGGAUGGGCCCCUGCCCACUUCACAACCCGUCCACAGUGACUCUGGGAUCCUGUCUACCGUCAGCUCACAGGAUGGGACAGAGGAUGGCCGGGAGGCACGGCCCGAUGCCGUGGAAGAAGAGGGCUCCUUGGAGUUGUCGGCUGAUGGCGUGAGCAGGGAUAGCUCCUUCGACUCUGACUCUGACGCCUUUUCCUCACCUUUCUGCCUCUCCCCCAUCAGCGCAGCCCUUGCAGAGGGGAACAGCUCCGCGUUCCUGGAGAGCGAGGGCAGUUCCCCCUCUAGCUCGGAUGCCAACCUGCGGUUCCCCGACAGCAAUGGCCUCCUGCAGACGCCUCGCUGGGAUGAGCCACAGCGGGGAUGCGCCCUGGAGCAGAUCUACGGUGUGUUCCGUGUGGACCUCGGCCACAUGCGUUCCCUGAGACUGUUCUUCAGUGACGAGGCUUGCACGAGUGGCCAGCUGGUGGUGGCCAGCCGGGAGAGCCAGUACAAGAUUUUCCACUUCCACCACGGUGGCCUGGACAAGCUCUCCGAGGUGUUCCAGCAAUGGAAGUUCUGCACAGAGACGCACCUCAGGGACCAGCAGGUCACAGAUGAGAGGACAUGCAUGCAGUUCUCUAUCCGACGGCCCAAGCUGCCAUCCUCUGAGACCCACCCGGAAGAGAGUCUGUACCGGAGGCUGGACGUGUCUGCCUGGCUCAACCACCUGAAUGAUCUGGGCCAGGUGGAGGAGGAAUACAAGCUACGCCAGGCCAUUUUCUUUGGCGGCAUUGAUGUGUCGAUCCGGGGGGAGGUCUGGCCUUUCCUGCUGCACUAUUACAGCCACGAGUCCACGUCGGAGGAGCGCGAGGCGCUGCGGGAGCAGAAGCGAAAGGAGUACGCAGCAAUCCAGCAAAAAAGGCUCUCCAUGACUCCUGAGGAGCAGAGAGCCUUUUGGCGCAGUGUGCAGUUCACCGUGGACAAGGAUGUGGUUCGGACAGAUAGGAACAACCAGUUCUUCCGAGGGGAGGACAACCCGAAUGUGGAGAGCAUGAGGAGGAUCCUGCUGAACUAUGCUGUGUACAAUCCAGCCAUCGGCUACUCACAGGGCAUGUCAGACCUGGUGGCCCCCAUCCUGGCUGAGGUCUUGGAUGAAUCGGACACUUUCUGGUGCUUCGUGGGUUUGAUGCAGAACACCAUCUUCGUUAGCUCUCCCCGUGAUGAGGACAUGGAGAGACAGCUGCUGUACCUGCGGGAGCUGCUGCGGCUGACACACCAGCGCUUCUACCAGCACCUGGUCUCGCUGGGCGAGGAUGGCCUCCAGAUGCUGUUCUGCCAUCGCUGGCUCCUGCUCUGCUUCAAACGGGAGUUUCCUGAGGCCGAGGCCCUGCGCAUCUGGGAGGCCUGCUGGGCCCACUACCAGACGGACUACUUCCACCUCUUCAUCUGUGUGGCCAUUGUGGCCAUCUAUGGGGAUGACGUCAUCGAGCAACAGUUGGCCACAGACCAGAUGCUCCUGCACUUUGGGAACUUGGCCAUGCACAUGAACGGAGAGUUGGUGCUCAGGAAGGCCAGGAGUCUCCUGUACCAGUUCCGCCUUCUGCCACGGAUCCCCUGCAGCCUACAUGACCUGUGUAAGCUGUGUGGGACAGGCAUGUGGGACAGCGGGUACAUGCCAGCUGUGGAGUGUGCCGGCCACCACCCGGGCUCUGAGAACUGUCCCUAUGGGGGCACAAUGGAGAUGCCGUCACCUAAGCCCCCAAGAGAAGGCAAGAAAGGCCCAAAGGCACCGCGGGAGGCCUUUGGUUUCCGCAGAUAGGAAAGGCUCUGCUCUGACACGGAGCAAGAGGACGACCUCCCUGGGGUCCUGGGCAAGCGGGAGGGGGUGGGGAUGGUCGUGAAGGGAACAGAAUCUAGAAAUACAAGGAAAGGCCUCUGGCCAAUGCGAAGAGAGCCUUGUCACCAUGACGACAGAAUCUGACUCUAGAAGUGACAGCAGAUAUCAGAUGCCCCGAGAAUUCAGCUCCUGAAAGGCUGGCCCCGGAAGUCUGCCUGCUGCACAACAGUGCAGGCUGCUGGGUGGCUGGGGGACUCCAGCAGAGCCCAGAGUCUGGCCACGAGCUGUGGGCUAAGCAGGAUCCAGAAAAGGCUUCAUCCUCACACUGGCACAGAGGGGCACAGAUGAGCAGGGCCGUCCCGAGUGAGUCAAGUGUAUUUCUGAAGCCUCUUGGUCACAGCUGCAAGACCCCUGUGAAGACACCUGUUCGGGGGGGGGGGGGGAAAGAGGGGAGAGAGAGAGAGAGAGAAAGAGAGAGAGAGAAAGCAGAUAUUCAGACCUGAGCUCCCACAGUGCCCAUGUGAGUGUUGGGAAGGACAUGCCUACCCCAGAGGAAAAGGCUGGUUGUACCUCCCACUGGGAUCCUCCCCUUAGGGUCUGAGUUUUGUCCUCUCUACCAAAAACAGCAACCCACUGAGGCCUGAAUGGGUUGAGGGGUGUGGUAUGUGCAACCAUGGGGUCCUCUGAAGAGAAAAUGCUUGGUCCUGUGGAGGUGAGAGUAUCUAAAUCCCCCACAAAGACAAAGGCAUCUGAAAUGGCUGGGGAGGGGCCUCCACCUCCAUGCAGGACCUGGUUCCUGUUAUGCAAGGGGGCUUCUGUCCCUUGGCAUCUCUGCUGACUGAGCAGCACUGGGAUGCUCUGCCUCUUCCCAAGGAAAAGGUCACCCCCACACUCCAUCCUCCAAAGCUGAGGACGGAGGUUGGUUAAUGGUGUGUUCCGGAGCAUCCCUAGCUGGUGUCCCAAAAGCUGGUGUAAGGAAGAAGCCUUGAUCCCUCUGUCAUGGGCUGAGUCCGUGUGGGGAUGCAAGCGGCAGGGGUGGGCAGAGGUGCCCUGCUGUUGAGUUUUCUCACUGAGAGCUGCACUGCAGGACAGUGCCAUGUUAAAAGGUGCUUAUCAGAAUGUAAGCAGAGACCUCUUACAGCCGGCCGCUCCCCUUCCCAGUCUCCCCUUCUCUGAGGACAUGGGUCCUUCUAGGAAGAGCCUGUGGGAGAGAGUGUCCUGAUCUUUGGGGUACAGGCAUAUCCGCUGUCUAGCACCCAGUAUCCUUAUACAGGGCAGAGCCUCCAUGGCUAGAACCUGACUGGCACCUCCGGCGAGCGUUGGGUCAGCAGUCUAGGCUGGGAGGUUCUGGUCUUGGGUAGAAUUGCUCACUCUCUUCUGGGGUCACCAUUUCUGAAGUCCCAGUGAGUGUGUGGUGGCACUGGCCUCUGGGUCUCGGGUCACCCCAUGACAGUAGAGGCAGAAAUGAGCAGUGAUUUUCUAAGUGCUGGUGGACACCACACUUGCCGACCAACCGAGGGGCAGCAGAGCAGGUGGCCCGGCUGAACUCGGCAUCCAGGAGAGUGAAGCCUCGGCUCAGGGGCUACUCUGAGCAGUCACGUAGGAGAGGCCUGGUGAUUCAGAGGGGUCCCAUCUGCCUACCACUCCAGGAAAUCUAGAUACAGAUCACUCCCAGGGAGGAGGAGCCAGCUCCUACCCUCCCCCUCCCAGGAUCACACAGCACCCUGUCUCCUACACUCGGCUGUGUAGGGUGGGGACAGGGGUGGGGGCGGAAGAGCAGGUCCAGGGAGUCACAUACCCUGGAGAGUCUCAGAGAGCAAGGAUCUGUAGCUCCCAGUGCUCCUCGAGACCUGACCCAGAAGGGUCAGUGACAGCCUUGUACCAGGUAUCCCCCCCCCCCAGUCCCGUGGACUAUCGGUCCCUGGUGUUACCUGCAGCGUUAGACCAUCUGGGGCCUCUGCAGCCAGACAUGGUGUGUGGGCUCACAGAGCCCUGCUCUGCUCUGAGGAGUGGAGAGGCCCUGCACACACGGAACAGCAACCUUAAUCUGGAUGCAAUUAGAGGAGACCAGCCAAAUACCCUGUGGCAGCUGUUACCCCAGGAUUAUUCCCAGCCAGCAAAAGGCAUUAGGGUGAUAAUUCAGUCAUUAGACUUCUAGCCUUCCCACCGCCAGGACAUACAAAUCACGGGUAAUCAGCCUGCACACCGUCUCUUGGCCACAAGGCUUAUUUAACCCAUUUUUUAAAAUGACACUUAAUGCUAUUGACCAAGCACGCCUGUGUGCGCAUAGCCUGCCGCUAAUGUCUGUGCUGACGACAUCACCUAAUGUCAUUGGGGCUCUGGUCAAGAAGGAUACCUUUGGGGUGUGUGUGUGUGUGUGUGUGUGUGUGUGUGAGAGAGAGAGAGAGAGAGAGAGAGAGAGAGAGAGAUAACACUGGUGAGGCAUGAUGCCUACCUUGGAAGGGGUCGCUUACUGUCCACGUGGAGGGGACAGUGUUGGGGGAGGGGGUGGCAGCAGGAGGUUGGAGUAGGAUGUGUGCUUCUCUGCCGGGGCCAGUGUCCUCACUGGGCACAGAGAAGACGCUGCUUCCCCAGACAGCUCUGCCUUCAAAUGCCAGCCAGGAAGCCUGGCUCACCUCUGCAGACAGAGCUAUGUGGUUCGUGAACAGCUGGGGACACGGAGGGAAACAGGUUAAAUUCAGGAAGGGAAGAUUUUGGUCUUCUGAGUUUUUGCUAUAAGUGGUGUGAAGCCCUUGAUGGACAGGAGGGCAGCAGCCCAGUGGAGGGUCACCGGGAGCUGGUGCCUGGGGGAAGCUGGUGCCUUUGAUGGCCCUGGGCAUGGAGAGGGUACCGCAAUAAGGAAAUGGGAAGAACUGUAGGCUGGAUCAGGAGUCAGCUCCGAGAGGUUCCUCUGUCCUCUUCCUUUCUUUCAUGUUGUGUUGUGCUGAGGAGGUAGUGUGCGGCACUUGGAGCCCACAUUCAUGCUAGACGAGUGUGCUGCCCCACUGGGCUACUCACCCGACCUACUUCGUGCUUGACAGAAUUAAUUCAGGCGGAGAUCAGCCCCUCACAGUGCCAAGAGUCUACCUGUGUCCUCCCCUCUACAUGGACUCCUUUCCAGUGUAGUCAGGCUGGGUUUGUUAGGGACACCCUGGGCUGGCCAGACAGUGGGAAGGAGCCUGGCAGAGGUCUCUGGAGGUCACCCUGCCCAGAAGGGUGGAAAACUUAUGCAGGGGUAUAGCCUGGUUUCAUGAUGGGCCGGGCCAGGGCCCACCCAUUUGGGCCACCAAGGAGGGAGGGGGACACAGGGAAGCUGGGUAGCCCGAGGCUAGACUCGCCAGAUCCCUGGAGUCCUUGAAGAACAGAGCAGCCUCUGGACUUAGUCUUGCGUUUCUAAAAGGUUGCAAUGCCAUUUUGUCCUGCACUAACCUGGUCUAGAAGGAACCACCCCAAACCUAAGAAGCCAGUUCUCUCCAGAGCUUCCCUGGCAGGGAGUGAAAGGUUCCCCUAGCCAUUUCCUCACCCAUAAAAGGAGGGCAAGGUUCUCCAUCAGGGUCCUUCAAAAAACUGCUCUGGGGACUUGGAUGUAAAGGCUGUCACAAGGGCGGCAAACCAUGGCCCAGGGACCUCACCUGCCACUCAGGGAAGAGCCCACUGGCCUUAGCCUUCCGCAGCGGUGACCAGGAGGGGCUGUCCACUCCCUUUGAGUGCUCCCUCGGGUUUGGAGUCAGCAGACCCACGCCUCUCCCAUGUCACCACCUCCUGUGUGUCCUCUGCAGAGGGCAAGCCUCUGUGCCACCCACACCUAUCGUGAAGAAAAGCAAGCCACAAAGCCACCUCGGCGGUAUUGGCCUGCGCCUCUCUGUGCGCAUGCGUACGUGCUCUUGCGUGGCCGGCCUCACCCACAGCGGGGAAGAUCCUUCCAUGAGGACUCCGCUUCUUCAGCAGCUGCAUGCAGAUACCUGCCACCACCAGGCCUUUAAGUACAUUGCAUUCAGUUCCAGGUGGGAGGGUAGCACUUCUGGCGCUCAGAGUUCAAGUCACGUGACUGUCUUUCUUCCACACUUGGAGGAUAAGGAAGACAGCCUUUUGUGUGUCUUGUUUUUAAAGUAAUGAAAUCUCCCCAUUGCUGAUGUCUACGGCAAGUGAUUCGGUUUCUCUGUUGUGUUUUGUUGUUUUUUUUUUGAACAGUCCCCUUCCGGUCAAGGUCAGGACUGGUCACCAUGACCCUUGUUAACCCUGACUCUCAUGGAUUCCACACAAAAUAAAUAAAAUAGUAUUGCCACACAUAUGGUCAGACGCCUUCA